AUGCACGAGCCGGACGUAACGGGUGAGCCCAAGGGAAAGUACACUCGGCAUUUGUGUCGACAUCAUUUUAAACUCUAUCCGUGUUAUAUUAACAAUGAUCCAAACCUCUUACCAAAUGUCAAACUGGUGAUGCGAUGGAACGACACAAAGGGAGAAACCGUUGAGGCAACAAAGGCGAUGAUCGACAUGAUUUGCGAGGGAGUUGCGGCUUUUUUUGGACCCGAAGGAAAUUGCUACGUUGAGGCAAUAGGAGUUAAAAAAGGUUUGUACCGACUAAAGGCGGAAGGGGAGUUAUUUAAAGUUUAA